CCUAGGGUAGGGUGGGACCCGCGGGGCGCGCACGCACGGGGCCGCGAUGCGCGCGCAGGUCGGUGCGUCGGUCGGGGGCGCGCUUCGGGAAAACCUUGUCUUCCCCCCACGUAGUGGCUGGUUCCCGAUCGGGCCUAGUUCCAGGAGAAACUUCUGUGGGUGUCCCGGCAGCUCUCAGGAAGCUUGUUGGACUGUCUGUCAUUGCUUGGAAGACUGCUCAGCAUUGAAUCCCUUCCGUUUCCAGUGGCGAUUUACAGGUCAAGUUAAAAAUGUCCCCGGAAGUGGCCUUGAACCGAAUUUCUCCAAUGCUCUCCCCAUUCAUAUCCAGUGUCGUCCGCAAUGGAAAAGUGGGGCUGGAUGCUACGAACUGCCUAAGGAUAACUGACUUGAAAUCUGGGUGCACGUCAUUGACUCCGGGACCCAACUGCGACCGAUUCAAACUGCACAUCCCGUACGCUGGAGAGACACUGAAUGUAAGGUGAAGAUGGGACAUCAUUUUUAAUGCCCAGUACCCAGAGCUGCCCCCAGACUUUAUCUUCGGUGAAGAUUCUGAGUUCCUCCCUGAUCCCUCAGCGUUGCAGAACCUGGCUUCUUGGAACCCAUCAAAUCCCGAAUGCCUCUUGCUGGUGGUGAAGGAGCUAGUACAACAGUACCACCAGUUUCAGUGCAGCCGCCUCCGUGAGAGCUCGCGCCUCAUGUUUGAGUACCAGACAUUACUGGAGGAACCGCAGUAUGGAGAGAACAUGGAAAUCUAUGCUGGCAAGAAAAACAACUGGACUGGUGAAUUUUCAGCUCGUUUCCUUUUGAAGUUGCCAGUGGAUUUCAGCAACAUUCCCACAUACCUUCUCAAGGAUGUGAAUGAAGACCCUGGAGAAGAUGUGGCCCUCCUUUCUGUCAGUUUUGAGGACACUGAAGCCACUCAGGUGUACCCCAAGUUGUACCUGUCACCCCGAAUUGAGCAUGCCCUCGGAGGCUCCUCGGCGCUCCACAUCCCUGCUUUCCCAGGAGGUGGAUGUCUCAUAGACUACGUGCCUCAAGUGUGCCACCUGCUCACCAACAAGGUGCAAUACGUGAUUCAAGGCUAUCACAAGAGACGAGAGUAUGUUGCUGCCUUUCUCAGUCACUUUGGCACCGGCGUUGUGGAAUAUGAUGCAGAAGGCUUCACAAAACUGACACUGCUGCUAAUGUGGAAAGAUUUUUGCUUCCUCGUCCACAUUGACUUGCCCCUGUUUUUCCCUCGAGACCAGCCGACUCUCACAUUCCAAUCUGUUUACCACUUCACCAACAGUGGUCAGCUUUACUCCCAGGCCCAGAAAAAUUACCCAUACAGCCCUCGGUGGGAUGGAAACGAAAUGGCCAAGAGAGCAAAGGCUUACUUCAGGACCUUCAUCCCUCAGUUCCAGGAGGCUGCGUUUGCCAAUGGGAAACUCUAGAAAAACGCCAGUCUUGAGAACAGCUACGCCCAGGCCCCACGUGCCAGCACCAACGGUCCCGUUGGCUCCAGCAUCUCUCAGCAUCUUGUCGCCUACCCAAGAGCUCUGCAGGACCCCAGAUAGCCCCGAUCACCCUGGAACCCACAGUCCAGCUGGUUGACAAAGGCCUGGACCCUAGAGCUCCUCCCCUACCUUGCCCCCUUCUCUGGCUGUCCCCUCUUUCUUUCCUUCAGUAGAUUGCUAGGAAAAACUAAAUCCCAAAUCUUGACGCAGUGUUUUGCCAAGCAAAGUUAAGCGACCAUAAAUGCUCAAACCUUGACCUGUCGAAA